GCCUUCCGCGCCUCUUCGCGCCUGCGUUCGAGCGGAAGGUCGUCCCUGUGACCGGCUGACCGGCUAGGUGUUUGGAGCCGCUGUCGCCAUGUUGUCGGUCGCUGCCCGCUCGGGCCCAUUCGCGCCCGUCCUGUCGGCCACGUCCCGCGGGGUGGCGGGCGCGCUGCGGCCCCUGCUGCAAGCCGCGGUGCCCGCCACCCCGGAGGCAUCUGUGCUGGACGUGAAGCGACCCUUCCUGUCCCGAGAGUCGCUGAGUGGCCAGGCCGCGACCCGGCCUUUGGUCGCCACGGUGUUCCUCAACGCUCCUGCUUCUGUUCGUUAUUCCCAUACGGAUAUCAAGGUGCCCGACUUCUCCGACUACCGUCGCGCUGAAGUUCUAGAUAGCACAAAAUCUUCUAAAGAGAGCAGCGAGGCUAGGAAAGGCUUCUCUUACCUGGUAACUGCAACCACUACUGUGGGGGUUGCGUAUGCUGCCAAGAAUGUGGUCACCCAGUUCGUUUCCAGCAUGAGCGCUUCUGCUGAUGUACUGGCCAUGUCGAAGAUCGAGAUCAAGUUGUCUGACAUCCCGGAAGGAAAGAACAUGGCUUUCAAAUGGAGAGGCAAACCUCUGUUUGUACGCCAUAGAACCCAGAAGGAGAUUGCCCAGGAAGCUGCAGUUGACGUGGCCCAGUUGAGAGAUCCACAGCACGAUUUAGAGCGAGUAAAGAAACCCGAGUGGGUUAUUCUGAUAGGUGUCUGCACUCAUCUUGGUUGUGUACCCAUUGCAAACGCAGGAGAUUUUGGUGGCUAUUAUUGCCCCUGCCAUGGGUCACACUAUGACGCCUCUGGCAGGAUCAGGAGGGGCCCUGCGCCGCUCAACCUGGAAGUGCCUACCUAUGAGUUCACCAGUGAUGAUGUAGUUGUUGUGGGUUAGACAUUGGACUCAAGGCCUCGGUGUCUUUCGGUCUUCCUGUCCCCUCAGAAGAGUUGAGAGUAAGCCUGGUGUACUUCUAGGUCGGUUGAUUUAAAAUAUUUAAGAAUUGUGAAUAAUGUACUGGCAAACAUGUGAAGUAAUUGAGUUCACUCUUAAAUAUUGUCAAGCAUUACCGUAAUAAAGCUGUUGAACAUCAUAAAAUCCAGUCACAGACUUGGAAGGUGCAAUGUCUUUGAUAGCUGAUUCUAAUAAAACAUUACAGAUUGUUGUACAAAAUGUUUGUGAAAUCUGUAAAUAGUUUUCUCAUUUAUCAUCUAAAUUUCUUAUAUCUUAAAAAGAGGCAGGGCACCAUUUUUUACUUUGACGUAGAUAGGGAAGGUUAUUUUAAUGUCAGGUGUUUUUCUGUUUUGAUAAAGUUUCCAGAGUUAUAAGAGAUAAUAGUUAUAAUAGAGAUAAAGUAUAAAAAUACAGUAUUUUAUUGAAAUAUUUUUGUUUUUAAGGAUGAUUUUAUUCUGUAGCCAAACUGGCCUCAGACUUGUAAUCUUGCUGUGCCUCCUGAGUGCAGGACGACAGGCGUGUGACAGACAGCAUAUCCCGUGUAACAGGACUGCUGCCAGAGCCUAGGAAGGACAAGGAAAACAGAAACCUGUCAAAGUCAUAUUCUGCUCAAAGAUAAACAUUCAGAAUUUUGCAUGUGUAUUGUUGGAAUAUUUUUAUAUAUCUGUGAGCUUUUCUUGAACCCUGUGCAAGCUCACUUAGCACGGGACUAGUCUCCCUAUGCUAGAGGAGAGCAGCCCACAGACUGCAGUAGCAGACACGACUCGGAACAGUGCGAUCUUCUGCAGCCUAUAAAGCGUUUGAUUGGAAAGGAGUAUCUUCAGGGUGUCGAUGAAAAUAGAUAAAAAUCUUACUUGUCUCCUAAAGUGUCAUAAAUGCUGCCUUUAAAAGUGCUCGGCUCCGCUUUUUAGAUAGGCUUCCAGGUUAGUGUAAGCAGUGAUUGUCUAGCAUUUUGCAUUUGCCUGCCCCAAUCCUCUUGUGUUUGACCUGAAUAGGGUCCUGUCCUAUUUCAGAUUUGUUGAACCAGCCUUUACUUUUGCUUGUGGGUCAGUUUCCCAGUAAACAGUAAUCAUGCUAGUGGAGAUUUGCAGGGGGUUUGGGUUAAAAAAACAAACAUUAAGCAAAAUUACUCUCAUCCUCUAAGUCACAAGUGUUCAACUUUCUCUCCCCACAAAUUAUUUAGCAUAUUUGUGCUUUUUUAAAUAAACACUC